AAGUUAACUCAGACUCAAACCCCGAAUUCCCGGAAGAAUGGGAAUUUUGCAUCGGGGAGGAAGCGUCCUCAGUCACAGUCUCAACGAAGGACGCCCCGAUCUGCUUCAGAUGCAGAGAGAGAGGACACCUGGGCACUGACCCAGCGUGCCCGACGUCCCCUGAACACUCCAAAGAGAAGAAACUGAGACAGAACAUGCUGGUAGAGGUCGAGGAAGCAAAGGGCAUAUGGUUCGUCAAUGACCAGGACUACAACGGAUGGGUCUUUGACGACACCAUCGACGACCCAAAAUGGGUUUGGACAUACAGCACAUACCCUGCAACUAAACAGCCAGACAUAUUCCCCCCCUCGGACAGCAGGUGGCAUGCAGUAGGAGCGAAGAAAGUAACAGGCAUACCAGGAAAGAUUCACAAGGACCAGAUUAUUGACCCGCGGGCGAUUAUGGAAGAGAAAAAACACGAAGAUUUGUUGUGGGACAUGGGGACGAUCAGAGCCAAGACAGCAGAAACGUGCCAGAACGCCAACCUGGACAACAGCACCUUGCUGCAGGAAGCGAAACAGACCCUCGAUCACCGACAUCCCAAACCUGAAACCCCCCCGGCACUCAAACGGAAAGCCUCUCCCUACACCAAAAGCUCCCAAGAGGACAGGGCAGGGAAGAAGAGGAGGGCAACGGAGGAGGGCGCAAGUAAGAUACUCAGAGCCGAGCACCCCCCCACCGACGAUACUCCCCCCGGGACAGAUCCGAACUCACCUGCGACAGCUGAAAUGGGCAUGGACAGCAACACAACCUCCAUUCCCUGGCUUGAAGAGUAUUUGCAGAGGGAAGAAUAUGAGAGGGAAAAGGAGUUUGAUAUCAGGCUGGCAUGCAUGAAACAUCUGGAAAACCAGUCAGCGGAAAAACAUCUGGCAAACCAGUCAGCCGAAAUGACAGGCAAACCAGUCAGCGGAAAAACAGUCGCCGGAAUUUCGCAGUCCAAGAACAUUUUCGACAUGCUAUGCAUGAACUCCGAACUCUCGGAAUUCAGCGCAUUCAGAUAUUUCGAAAAGAAGAGAGAACGUGAAUCUGCUGGUAAAGAAAGUGGCGCAGGCUUCGACCCCCAGACAUUUGCAGACUCGAUCCGAGACAUGGUUUCCAAGAACUGGAAGCCAUCGAAGGGAAGGGACAAGAGACCAAGGGGACCCCCCAAAGACGAAGCUGGAAGCAAGAACGAACAACGCAGACUCACACGGGAGAUUGCAACAGUGGCAGCGCAGACAAAGAGACUGUUCGACCAGAACCAGGACUACAAAAGGGAGCAAGGCGAGAAGUAUAUCACAGUCCGCAUGAUCGCAGAGAACAAGGCGCCCAGCGUCCCCAAAGCAGCAAGCACGGACAGGGGGACCACCAGGGCAGUAAGACCGCUGCUUCCAGUUCGGUAUAGAAGCAAACACAAUGAGUGGCAGGUGGCCACGGACGCAUCAUUCGCAAUCCCCACCCUCGAUGACGACAGAGCCUUGGCGAAGACCAUCAGGAACAAUGUCUCAGCGGAGACCCCGCUGGGCGUGUACGGGGUCCCACCACGAGAGCAGACGGCCGAAGGGAAGAUGCUGGAGGAACCGAUCUUCACCUCCUUCGACCCCAUCCUGGUCAAGCUCGAUGAGAGGGCAAAACUCAGCGGAGGCUUGACCUGGAGGGCAUGGGACACAAUCACAAUGCUGCCGUACAGCGUGCUGAACGGGAGGUUCAGCACGACCGACAUCAUGGCAGACUCGCUGGCAGACAUCAUCAGGACCCGCCUAUUGACCUCUAGGACCUCACUGCAGGACGAGGCAACCCCUAUCGACGUGGACAUGCGAAGGGAAGACUCCGACAUGGAGGACGAGAAGGACAGCGAGAGGGAUGAGGACGACAAAAUCUCCCCCAGGGGAGACGACGUUGUGCCGUCAGCGACGUCGGGGAGCAGCGCUGGCGAGUACGGCUUGAGCUCCUCAGCAGCAAGCGGAGACAGCAGGGACGCCGACACCGACAGCAGCAAGACCCAGGCAGCAGUGGACUGAAUCAACAGACCAUAAACAGAAAUAAAACCCUGCCCUAGAA